CCUCUUGGAGCCGAAUAGGGCUGGAGGGCGGGGACAGAGGCGGAGGGGACGGGGCCAGAGCCCGAGGGGGCGGGGCCAGGGCGGGGAAAGCAGACGACCGUAGGCAUCACGCGGGGUUGGUGGCUGAGGCAAGUUUCAAUGGAAUUGUCCCGCGAGUGAGGUCCGAGACAGAUCAGCGGAGGUCAGUCCGAGGGGAGGUGGUGAGGCGGCUGGCGGGGGUCGGAAGCACCAGAGCAGGAGGCUUGAACCAUUUACUAAGGAGGAUUCCCAGAGCACACGGGCUACAGCAAGUGUUUGAUUUCAUGGGUCAGAUAUGGAGCCUGUCCCUGUUACUCUUUACCUUGGUUCUGCUGAAUUCUCUCAGUCAAUUCACAGGCAACUUCAUCUCAGAAGGGGUGUCGUCUCUGAACAGGAACCGGGGAGAGGAUGUUCUGCUCCAUCUAGACCCAAAAGUCGGAAAUGAGACCCAGAGGAUUAAAUGGUAUUUUGUAUCUAAGGAUCUGCUCCUACUCGCCAUCUCUCCAGGGAAGAGCAGGCCAAGCUGGAUCAUUCCCCAGAAGGAGUAUGAGGGGCGGCUGUCUGCCCCUGAUGAUAAGUCUCUGAUGUUAAUGGAUGUGACCUCUGAAGACAGUGGAUGUUAUGAAAUUCACAUAUCAUCAGUCUCAGGAGACAUACAUAUUCAGAAAUUCAAUUUAACUGUCUUUGGUAAAUGAACCACUUGCCCUCUUUUGGACCCCACCCUGCUGUCACACACUUGUACACUUUUAAAAGCUUCCUUCCACUCUCCCUCCUUCAGAUCUUUCCAAAACCUGUCUUGCCCUCCAAUUUUGUGCCUUAAGAAAGGAAGGAGGGGCAGAGGUGCUUUUUCCUUAUGAAAGGGGAAAGUGGGUGGCAGAAACCUGAGGCUAGAAGGCCUGUCCCAAGGUCACACACCCAUGAGCCAGCCCAAAGGAAUGAAUAGGACUGCCUGAAUUACAGACCUACCUUCCCUGGAGAACCACGUAAAAGUUACUGAGCUCCUCAGUCACUCAGUCCUUCCUCAGCCCUCCCCCUGGGAAUU